GCGAGGAUGUGCUUAAGGUUCCAUAUCGGUGUACUGUGAAUUUUUCAAAAAUAAUAUCUGCAACCAUGGUGAUAAAAUUCAAUUUUCGUUUUGUUCUUGUUAUUGUGUUAUGUUUUUGUAUAUACGGAUUUUCAAAUGCAAAAACGAAUUUGAGACAAACAACGAGUGAAACUGACACUGUAGAUAAAUCUAGAACUUCAAAAAGUAAGGAUGCUGAGGCAACCUCAAAAGCACUGAGUGGAAAAAAAUUAAAAAUUGAAAUGCCUGCAAUAAUUGUGAAAGAGGACCCUUCUCAAAAGUCUUCCUUCUUGCUUCCUUCACCAAAGAAAGAAGAAAAACCUUUUUCGCCAAUCAAAAGACGGAAAGCAAUUCGGCAUAAAGCAAAUGAAUUUUAUUCAAAGGAAGCACCGGGUGAUAAAACAAAUGUUGAAAAUGAUGUAAAUUCGUUUCUUCCGGAUCGAGCAAGAGCUUCUAUUACUAGAAGCAUGCAUCAAAUCGUGGUCGAAAAAGAAAAAGGUCUCAAACCUAAAAUUGAAUACAAAAGUGUGAAAUACGUUAUGAUGCCAGAAGAAGUUGGAAAUGAAAUUCAGACCACUUCUAAUAAAAAAGACACCCACAUGAAGGACCUUGAUUUUCCGCCUUCAAUCAGUAAGUUUUUGAUUAAACGAAAGUAUUUAAUUGGGUCACUGAACGGGAAAACCUCGGAAAAGAAAGACUUUCAAGUUAUUGUUGACGGUCAUACAGUUAUGAACGAUAAGUAUCUCACUUCAACGGCAGAUCCCAUCGGUUAUAAACAAAAGUCGGAUCAGAAAUCUGUUAAUGCACUAGAAGAAGUAAAACUAAUGAAAACAAUGUCUUCAAAGAAAAUGUAUUACAAAGAGCCCGAUAUUGCAAAACAGAAAAAAGGAAAAAAAAGUAAAACGAAAUCGUUGACAAAAAAAUCUAAGCAGAAUAAGUCCGAGAAGAAACAAUUACCUAAAGAUAUUGAUGUCAAAAGUUCCCCAAUUACAAAAUACGAUAAGAUGACGAUGAGGGAGAAACUUGUAUAUACGCAACAAUUUAACGAAAAUAACCCUACUAAAACAGUGAAAACGGAAUUUGGUUCCAGUAAGCCACUAGUAAAGUCAGAAAAAGUAAAAGCAAAGAGUCAGAAAUCAGAGGUGUUUGUCACUCGAAGAAAGAGCAUUAGACCAAAACAAAACGAUUCAAAGUAUUCGUCACAAAAUGUACCGUUGAACAUUGAAGUUGACACCAAAGAUUGGAAAAGUAAUUAUCGCCGAAAGAAGAAUGAUUUAAUGCAAUCAAUGCUGGAAUCAAAACCUGUUUUGAGGAAAACGAAAAACAACGAAAAUGCUAAAUCAUUUAAAAAGAAAAACAAAGAAUAUACAGUAUCGAUUAAAAGAAAGAGCAAAGAACAUAUAGUGUCCAUGGGAAAGAAAAGUAAAGAACAAAAUAUUCCUGCAAAACUUGACCAAAAAGAUACUGCUAUGUUUGGAAAGGAGACAUUGUAUGGAUCCAAUCCAAUAAACAUCAAAAUUGACACUAAAGAUUGGAAAACUAAUUACAGCAAGAAAAAGAACAAAUUACUCCAAGCGAUGUUAGACUCCUCCACUUAUGAAAAAGGACGAUUCAAAGAAAAGAAAAAUAAAGCAAAAGCAAAAUCAGUCAAAGAAGUUGUACAACAAAAGAACGUUCAUAGUUAUUUGAUUAAGCCAAAUACUGUUAUCGAAGUUGGAAACACUGAAAUAACUGUUGGGAUUCCGCCCCAUGUUGCAAUACAGACUCGAAUUACCGACCGAAAAUCGAAAGGAAAUACUUUAAAGAAAAUAAAGACGGAGAUUAAAGCUCCUGCUACACUGAAAGCUUUCCGCUCGGAUGAAGUGAGAAUAAAGAUCGAUACAGUGACUGUUCAAAACGCAGAAAAAUCAAAUGGGAAAAUAAGUGCAAUGCAGACGACAACAACAGCCCCGUCACCACCUAAAGAAGCCCUUAGAAGUACAAAACAACCCGCAACGACGACUCAUUUUCCUUUGAAAAUUGAAUUCGUGACAGCAAAGAUACCCGCUGAGCUAGAAGGUAACAGAAACAAGUCAUCACUGACAAAGGGAAAAAACCACAAGAAAUUCAUCACUAAUGGUUUAUCAGAAGAUUCACAGAAAUCUCGAAUAAUCACUUCAUCUGAAAACUUAAAUGUAAAUCUCGAUCACUACGCCGAUUUUACAAGGACGGGGAUAACAAAUGGAGAAAACAACAUUGUUGUGGGAACCUUGUCCGGAAUUAAAGACAGAGCCAACGCCGGAAUGAUUAAUUUGCAAGUAGAUACAGCUGAACGAGAGCAGGCAAUGAAUGUUUCAAAGACUACAGGAUCAAGACCAAAUGAUCGGCAAACAACAAAUAAAAAAGUAUUCAAUGUAAAAACCAAGCCAUACAACAUACACAAAACAAUCAGUACUAAUUCUCAAUCACAAACUAGCCUUUCAAACGUGAAGAAGCAAGAUAAAAGCAUGACUGAUUUUUCAAUUUCACUUCUGGCAGCUCAUGAGGUAGAAAAAGCGACGCAGGCGCCACUUAAAAAGAGGAAACCCACACCAAAGGCUCCUGUUAAGAAAUCUCCACGAUUUGUAAUUCGCAAUAACAAUAACAGUGGGAAAAGUUUUGUGUUCAGUUUCAAGACGAACAAAAAACCCAAGAAAAAUGUACCAAAGGUGACAAGCGUGCAAUUUCAGCCUGCUUUUAUUUACAAAGACACUGCCGAAAUUCACAGGUCAGAGAAUUCUCUCUUCGCAAAUAGUAUUCAUGAAAAAUCGGAGAAAACCCCAAACACUUUUUACAAACAUAGUAUCAUGCGAGAGAACCACAAAGACUUUCGUUGGCCAGUACCGUCUAAGAUUGUCCAGGGAAUACCCGUGACACAACCUCCACCGGAAGUGAGUACACUAGGAUUAAUCAUAUCCGGAGACUUUGUUUCAAGCUUUGCCGAACAAGCUUUUAAAGAUGAAAGUUCAGAUAAUAAAGUUUCUAGACAGUCAAUCAACAGAACUACUGCCAAAACUAAAUUUCAACCCAAACAAACAGUUAAAAGUGACUUCCUCUUCCCGAUUCAGUCUUUUUAUACUCCAUCUCCGAAGGCAAUAACCACCGUAGAUUUAGCUCUUGUCACUAGACAAAGAAAUGGACUGUAUCAGAAUGAUAAAUAUUAUUCCAGUGACAUUCAUUACCAAAUUCAGGAGUUGUUAAAUUCUACAGAAACCAAUCAACUUACUGAUAUUCCUGGGAACAUUGAUAUUCAAACCUCGACUGUUCCUUUACCAAAAAUGAGGAACACUUUUAUUCAAAGCCGGUCCAAAACUAUGCCAUUUGUUUACACAGCUGAAUCGCAAGCUGGAAGGACUAAAAUGCAGAGAAUUAACAACAAACAAAACGUUCGAAACCAAGUGGAAAGGACAACCUUAGGAAACAAUGCUCCGCCUAGUAUAACUGGCUUUGAUUUAGGUUUAUCUAUGAAAAGGGACAAGUCAAAGAAGAACCAAAUACAAAUGACCCAAGCCACCCAAGCUUUCGAAGAAACGUCUCAAAGUCCGAUGAAAAAUAUAGUAAAAGGGAGUUCCUCCUUAUCGAAUUUUAGGAGAAUGCAGAUUCCUUCAAGACCAAUAGAGACUGUAAUUUAUCCAACAGUUUCUGUACAAACAGAAAGAAAAGGCGCAACUGAAAAACCACGCAUGUUGAAGAAGUUAACUUCAACAACAACAACGACGACAACUACAACAACAACACCCAAGCCUAAAACUACAUCAACAACAUCAACAACCUCAACAACAACUGCAGCAACAACAACAACAACAACAGAGGCGACGACAAGAAGACCAACAGUAGCUUCUACAACCACAACGGAAAAACCAUCAACUACAACUACGCCUGGAUCUAUUAAAGAAGUUAUUUCCGACUUAUCAAGUCUAAAUGAUAUUGCGAAAAAAGCUAAAGACGCUUUGCAAAGAAUCAGCGAAGUUUUCAAAGGACCGCCUGACAAUAUUAUUGCUGUUUCUAAAACCGACGCUUAUAAGAAAUACAAAAAGGCCGCAACAGAGGUCAUCGAGAUGAAGAAGUCUCCAACCAUGGUUCCGGCUGUGGGUAUUAUCAAGCCUUUAAGAAAAAGUGAAGCUAUAUACAAGUUCUCUCAGUACGGAAGCAAGCGUAGUCAAGAAAUGACUGAGGACAAUGCAAUCAAGAGAGAGAUUAAGAAACUGUUAAUUCAGCAAAACACGAUUUAUCCGGGUCCACUACAGCAAGGCCCAGUCUCGUAUCCAAGAGUAACCCCUAUGAUGGACCAGAAUGUCUACACUCAAAACGAAAUUACAUCAAACGCGAGGGGAAUGUUGUAUAAUACACCGGAAAUGACGUCAAUGAUGAUUGCGACAGAAAGUAUGGCGCCCGAGCAAAAUGGUGGAUAUAUUCAAAAUUAUAACUUUCCUGGAGCCAACCGACAGGCCCUAGGGAAUUCAGCAAGACUUCCUUUCCAAAACAGUGUCAGGGUAACACCUCCAAUGCCCAUAGUUCAACCUAUAGUUCAGCCUAAGGUUUACCAGCCCUCGGGUGGGCGGGGCACGCAUCACAGAAUGUCGUGGACGACAGUUCUCCCGAACGGAAGUACCAUGGACGAGUUUGCUAUUGUGAAAGAUGACGAGAUGGUGAUAUUUUUGGUGUCCGAUCAGACCCCAGCCCACUCCACCCUCGAUAAAUCGUCAACACUUCUGGACUUCACAGUUGGUCACAUGGCUAUGAGAUUCAAUAUCGAUGGCACAAAUGGACAAAUGUGUUUUGUAACACACACAUCAGCCAAAUAUCAAAACACCAAAGAAGCUCUACAGAACAGGGCUUUGUCACAGGUGGUGAGAUUAGCGGACCCUAUUCAGCUGUAUGCAGAGUUAACUACCCACGUACCUCAGCAUGAUCUGCACAGAGUGGGCGGUUCAGCCUUCUACAAGUUCUGUAAGAUUGCCAUCAAACAAGACAAUGUAUACGAACUCGUAAUGGAACCAACCGGAAAUAUCGGUCCAAGAUCAUUUACCGGAUCCGGACUUGUUUACCCUUCAGAGCCCGGAUUGUCAGUACCAAUUACCAUCAAUGUUGAAUCAAUGAUCAAUUUGAAGAAAAAGCGCUUUUAAAGGUUUCUGUGACACCCAUCAUAAAAGAAUUCCAUUGUACAUAUAUGUUUUUUUUUUUCAUUAUGUCAUGUUUUAGAAUAUCUGUACAAUUGACUACUUGUUUAUUUGUCUGCAAAAUAUUAUCAAGAAUGAAUAUCUGGUUAUAUUUGAACACUGUACAUUUUUUCCGUAAGCUCAUUGUCCAAUUAUUUUUUUUUUAGUUCUGUUAUUUGAUAAUCAUAACAAUAUUUUUUUGUCGCAGGUAACAAACAGAUAUGCAACUUAACUCAGAUAUAUGAUCAAAUAAUGUAACAACUAUUAUCUAUGUAUUCCUUAGUGCUUAGCAGAAUUCAAUUUAUACAUUUGUUUGUAGUUAAUGGUCAUGAAAUUCUUUUUGCCUUAUUUAAUCUGAAACUUUGUACAGAUCAGUGAUUUUUUUUUGUUUAUUCCAUUAUUUAUUUUAAUGUACAUGUAUGAGUUUUCAUUUUGUGCUAAGUUGUAAUAGUGCUGUAUGAUAUGUAUUUUAUCAUUAAUUAAAGUUCUCCUUUUUUAAGCAGUGAUUUUUUUUCUUACAAAAGUACAUAAUUUAACUGCUUACAUGUACAUGUAUAGGGUGUUUUGUUGUAUACUAUAGUUUUCUGUGCUACUUUGUUUUCCUUUUGCACUGACUUCAAAGUAUCCCUAUGAAAUUCCUAUAUUAACAGCUGUAGAUAAAAGAACUAACUUAGCUCGCAUUCUCAAACGGAACGGAAUAAAAAUGAAGGGUACAUAAUAUUAUUCACGCUGUAAACUUUGGAAGUCCCAACCGCAAAGUUAACGCACGUUUAUAUUCAGUAUAUAUUUUUGAAACAGUUAUUUUAACUUAUCAUCUUUAAGAAUACGAACUUUGAACCUUAAAAAAACAUUUCUAUGAAAUAAUCGAUUUCUUUUUCUUGAUAAGUUUGCAAAAUUAUUGAAUGAUAUAAUAUUGUUCCCUUGGCAUAAACAUAACAUUGGUGAACACGUUUUUAAUUUCUCAUUUAUUUAAGUCGUCAGUAUGUCAGGUGACGUGCGUCAUAUUUCUAAGCUUACUGUUUCAUUGGGACACCACGCAUUCAUUUUCGUUUCAUGUUUCGAGUCUUUUGAUUGUUCAAGACGUUUCGCCCAAUGAAAAUGCAUGUUUUAUCUCCUUGUGGUGAUAGCGCCAACCAAUCAUCUGUGGUUUUAGAUCAGCCAUGCAAAGACAGGCUUAUAGCAAUUCAUUACACCACCCCUUCACAGACAUUAACUCUGCUAGAUUUAUAAAUGAGAGAAAUGAGUGAUUUAUUAAAUCCAGCCUAUUAUUUGUGCUAAUUAUAAACACCAUUUGCAAAUAAAAGGGAUACUUAUUUCAAAAAGGCAUUGGAGUGUAUACUUUUAUCUUUUUUCACACAGAAUGACAAGAAUUGAUGAUAAAAAAAAACUAAAAAAAAAAAAAAAAAAAAUAGAGUUGCCAGAUGAUGUUAUUACAGAGAAUAAAACUAAUGAAAUUAACAAAAAACAAAAAACAGGAGAAAUAAAAAAGCGACAUUUUUUUGUUUAUCAAGCAAUUGAUGUUUGAUUAGUUUUUCAUGAGUUAUGGCUAAUCGACAUGCAGGCA